AUGUCAACUUCAAAGCUUAUGAAAAAUAAAAUUCUCGUAUUAGGACGCCGAGGGGCAGGAAAAUUAUCUAUUAUAAAACAAAUAUUAUCAAUUACAAAUCAAUUAAAUAAUGAUCUCAAUAUACAAGAUAAAAAUCAUUCAGGAAUAAAAAUACCAUGGAACAUUGAAACAAAAUAUUAUAAUGCAAGAGUAGAUUUUUGGAUUGAUGAAACCGUACAGAAAGAUCAUGUAAAUAAAGAGGUGAUAAAAGGGUACGAAAAUGAAAAAAAUGGUAUUGGAAGAGUUGUUGACGCUAUACUUUUUAUAUUUAAGAAAGAUGAGCCAACAACAUUUGAUGAUAUAAAAGCUUUUAUACCUUUCAUACAGCGAUAUGAACCUGCUAUAACAUUGGCUGUUGGAACUGGAAAAUGUGUUCAAAAUAUUGAUUAUGAAGAUUGGUGCUUAGAGAAUGGAUUUGAAUACGUUGAUAUGGAAGUUACCAAUAAAGAACAUAUGGAUGAACGCGUCGGUUUGGAACGAGUUCUUGAAGCCCUUCAAUCUAACAUGUGGGAAGGAUUGAUUCGCGUUACACAAAACGCUAAUAAACCUUCCGAUUUAGAGAAUGAUGAUUAUCAUAACGAGCUAAUCGAAGCGCUACCUUCUCAGCAAGAAAUCGAAAAUAUGCAUCGCAAACUUUUUAGUGAUUUUGAUGAUGAGGAUGGACUUGAUAAAGUAUUUACACGAUUAAGUAAUUUACGAGGUAAGAUCGUAAGUUGUUAG